UCCCAGUGGUGGGACUUCUUCGACUGGCGCCCCUGCAGGCUUCCCACCUCUAGCCCUAACCUAAAAUUUUUCUUUUCAUUUCGUUUUCUCGUAGAAAUGCCACCCAAAAAGCCAACCGAGAAAUCCGCCAAGCCUGGCGACAAGAAGCCAGAGCAGAAGAAGACUGCUGCGGCUCCCGCUGCCGGCAAGAAGGAGGCUGCUCCGGCUGCCGCCAAGCCAGCGGCCGCUGCUCCCAAGAAGGCUGCUGCUCCGGCUGCCAAGAAGCCCGCCGCUGGUGCCGCCAAGAAGCCAGCUGCCGCUGCUGCCAAGAAGCCAACGGCCGUGAAGAAGACCGUGGCCACCAAGGCCAAGGGCAAGGAUGCCAAGAAGAAGAUCCUCGCCGGCAAGAAGCCCCAGUCCGUGCUGGCCAAGCUCUCCGCCAAGGCGCGUGCGGCCGCCAAGGCCAAGAAGGGUGUGAAGCCCGGCGUCAAGCCCGCCAAGGGAACCGCCAAGGCCAAGGCAGUUGCUCUGCUGAACGCCAAGAAGGUCCAGAAGAAGAUCAUCAAGGGCGCCUUUGGAACCCGUGCCCGCAAGAUCCGCACCAACGUGCACUUCCGUCGGCCCACCACCUUGAAGCUGCCCAGGAGUCCCAAGUACCCCAGGAAGUCGGUGCCCACCAGGAACCGCAUGGACGCGUACAACAUCAUCAAGUACCCUCUCACCACCGAGGCGGCCAUGAAGAAGAUCGAGGACAACAACACCCUGGUCUUCCUCACUCACCUGCGCGCCAACAAGAACCACGUGCGUGCCGCCGUGCGCAAGCUGUACGACAUCAAGGUGGCCAAGGUCAACGUGCUCAUCCGCCCCGAUGGCCAGAAGAAGGCCUAUGUGCGCCUGGCGCGCGACUACGACGCCCUGGACAUUGCCAACAAGAUCGGCAUCAUAUAAGCGCUGCAAUUUGUGGAAUGGCAUCGCUGCGUUCUACAUUUUAUAUGUAGAGUCUUUUCUAUAAACAAAAUAUUGCUAAGCUGACACGGUAGAGCGAGGAUGAACGUUUCAAAGUUGUCUGGGUAUAAUAAAACCACUCAAAAACUAA